AUGUAUCUUCUAGAUCUGCCACUUGAGAUUAUCCACCUCAUCUUCCAGUCCAUACCCGACCAAUGGUGUCUCUACAGUCCCUCUUCCUUGCAAGACCCCCACUUCUACCCUGACUUAUGGUCUCUCAACUCUUUUGUCCGAACAUGCCGAACCCUAUACCUAUUCCUGAACCCCUCCCUCUAUCAAUGGGAUGCCGAGUUUUACUCCAACCGUGCCCUGGGCUGGGCAGCAGAAAAUGGCAAAGUAGCCACUGCGCGGCUCUCACUUAAAGUGAGACUCCCAGAGAAAACAUGCCACAAAAGUUGGGAGUACUUGUUUGUGGCUACAUAUCAUAACCACGAAGCCAUCGUACGCCUUCUACUGGAGCAUGGUAUCGACCCGAAUCGGGUUGCAUACUGGAACAACGAGGCGGCCUCCGGCAAGGACAGGACCGAUUUCAAUAACAAUAUACUUGAGGAAGCCACAUACGGGGGCUCUUUGCCAAUCCUCAGAUUAUUACUUGAUUAUGGGGCGGUCACUGGCCGUCUAACAUUCAAGGCAAUGCUGAGAUACGCAGCGGGAAGAGGACGCUUCGAUACCGUUAAACUUCUUGUGGAGAAUGGCUGUGGUCUUGGAUCGAUCGAUUUUGCUGAACAUCACGAUGCUCUAUGCAGAGCAAUCGAGGCAGAAUCGACCAGUGUGGUUCGAUUCCUGCUUGAGAAAGGAGUCCAUCCCGAGAUACCGCCCGAGAUACGGCGGCCAGGUCGGUCACCCAUGGCUCUGGGUGCUUGCCUGCGCGACCCAGAGAUAGUCAAAAUGCUGCUUGUCCAUGGGGCGAAUCCAUUUCCCGAGGAACCAAGUGGCAUAAACGUCCUCCCACUAGUAAAUGCUGCCACUUUGAAGAACUAUGCAGUAGCUCAGCUCCUCCGUGAAUCUAUCGACCUGGAGGAUAUGAUCAGAUCGAGAGGCCGGAAUCAAGAAUUGCUUUUGUUGGCCGCUGCUGCUUGUGGAUGGGACGACAUGUUGCGACAAAUCCUCGACCAGGGCUGUCUGGCGGAUACAAAUGUACGAUAUUCAUACUGUUUCCAUUCAACCAAUAUUCCCGACCUCGCCAAACAGCAUCUCCCGGCUAUAUCGCUCGCGGCCGAUCGAGGCCAUUACAGCACCGUGCAACUACUGCUUUCCUACAAUGCAAGAUACAACCCUCCUUCAAGAUAUGAAGAACCAUUCCCACUUCUCCAUGCAGUGGCCUCAGGACACCUGGAUAUUGUGAAGCUUCUCCUAGAUCACGGCGCAGAGCCAAAUGGGAUAGGACGAUGGUAUGACCAAAACAGGGAGAUUGGUGAUCUACCGUGCAUCUAUUGGGCUGUCCCGUAUCCAGAGAUCUUCCGCCUUCUGCUUGACCGAGGCGCGGACCUUUUGGCGCCAGCAGUAGAAGCCAUAAUCCAGAUCAACCGGAGUAUACAUGAGAUUAUAUCAAUCAGUCACGAGUUUGAGGGCGCUGGACGAGCACCAACAAGCACAUUCGUCCUCCAAGAGGCUCUCGAAAGGGGUUGUACUGAAAUAGUCCAAAUCCUCCUAGAAAGAGGCAUACCAUUGCAAACACCUGUCAAAGCUGGCUGUUGGGGUUACAAGCCCCUGCUAAGGGCCGCAAUGGCCGGGGGUGAAGCAAUGGCAAGGCUUGUCUUGGACUGA